AAAAAGAUUGUAUCAAAGUACUGAGUCAACAGUGGGAUCACCCUCCUUUCAUUGGUUCGACUCUGCACAUGACUCUCAGAGAAGCACCCAUGGCCUGCUGCUCAGGCAUGGUGGCGAGUGCCAUGUUUUGGUCUGUGGCCAUUGUAUAUUUGACUCAUAUUGGCAGAGUUAAUGGGGACUGCUGGUUAAUUGAAGGGGAAAAGGGCUUUGUCUGGCUUGCCAUUUGCAGCCAAAACCAACCACCCUUUGAGGCCAUCCCACAACAUAUGAACAACACCAUUGUGGACCUUCGUCUGAAUGAGAACAAAAUCAAAAGCAUUCAUUAUUCUUCUCUCAGUCGCUUUGCCAACUUGACCUACCUGAACCUGACCAAGAAUGAAAUCUCGUACAUCGAGGACGGGGCCUUUUCUGCUCAGUUUAACUUGCAAGUCCUUCAAAUGGGUUUCAACAAGUUACGAAACCUGACAGAGGGGAUCCUUCGGGGUCUAGGAAAGCUUCAGUACCUCUACCUCCAGGCAAACCUGAUUGAAACUGUGACACCUAAUGCCUUUUGGGAAUGCCCCAACAUAGAAAACAUUGAUCUCUCCAUAAACAGAAUACAGCAGUUAGAUGGGUCCACAUUUACCAGUUUAACUAAACUCACCACCUGUGAGCUGUACACCAACCCAUUUAACUGCUCAUGUGAGUUACUGGGAUUUGUGAAAUGGCUCUCAAGUUUCCCAAAUCGGACAAACGAACGGAUGGUGUGUGACUCUCCACGUGGUGUUGCAGGUUAUAGCUUACUGAGCCAGAAUCCUAACAACCCAACAUAUCGAAAUGCACUUCAUAUGCUAACUACUGUGUGUACCGAUGACUAUGUGACGCCCUUCAUCUCUUUGACCACAGAGUCUACAAUACUACCACCCGACUCGACACUUUGUGGGUUGGACGAUUGUCCUUCAGGCACAGAACCAGAGGACAUAACCAUGAGUACAACUGAAAACGAGGUGCAAGGAAACCCUCUAAUGAAAGUGAAGCAUGUGACGAACACAGGUGCCACUAUCACUGUUCAUAUUCCUAAUCCUUAUAAAAAGAUGUACAUUCUGGUUCUUUACAACAACAGUUUUUUCACAGCUAUUCAAAAUCUUAAAGAUAUAAAAGAGGACAUUGAACUAAAAAACCUUAAACCCCACACCAACUACACAUACUGUGUCGCUUCAAUUCGUAAUUCUCUUAGACACAAUCAUACUUGUCUUACAAUCUCUACUGGACCUAGGAAUGGAAAAGAAAGAGUUGUAAACAAUGCAACAGCUACUCACUACAUUAUGACCAUUUUAGGUUGCCUCUUUAGCAUGGUAAUAUUUCUGGGAAUCGUCUACUAUUGCUUACGAAGAAAACGUCAACAAGAUGAAAAGCAAAAGAAAUCGGGCAAUCUAAAGAAAAACAUCAUGGAACUAAAGUACGGACAAGAACUAGAGGGGGGAACUAUUUCUCAAAUGUCACAAAAGCAAUUGUUGGCUGGAGAGAGCAUGGCACGUAUGCCGUACCUACCAUCUGCAAGUGAAAUGGAGCAGUACAAGUUUCAGGAGAUAAGCAAUACUCCCAAAAUGAUUAAGGGAAGUUACAUGGAUGUGCGAAGUAUGGACCAUCAUGAGCGCAGGGAAUGUGAAAUGGGAAUGGCAGGAAACAGUCAAGGGUCAGUGGCAGAGAUUUCCACAAUCGCAAAAGAAGUUGAUAAAGUGAACCAGAUCAUUAACAACUGCAUAGAUGCUCUUAAGUCAGAAUCCACCUCUUUUCAAGGGGUUAAGUCUGGAGCCGUUUCCACCGCAGAGCCCCAGCUUGUACUAAUAUCAGAGCACCCCCAGGGUAAAUCCAACCUUCUAUCUCCAGUGUAUAAGGACAGCUACCAUCACUCUCUGCAGAGGCAUAGGAGCUCAGAUGUCUCGCCAAAGAGACCCAGCACAGCCACAGGAGGGCCCAUGAGAAGCCCCAGGCCUUACCGCUCUGAAUCCAAGUAUAUAGAAAAAAACUCCCCUACUGGUGAGAACAUCAUCACCGUCACACCUGCUGCCGCCAUCCUGAGGGCUGAGGCAGAGAAGGUCCGUCAGUACAGUGACCAUCGGCACUCAUACCCUGAUGCUCAAAUAGAGGAGCUAGAAGGACCAGACAGUCACAAGUUGUUGGAGCCUCUCACUCACUCCCGCUCCAGAGACUUAGCGUAUUCCCAAAUGUCCUCACAAUAUCACAAUCUAAGUUACUCCUCUAGUCCCGAAUACUACUGCAAACCUUCACACAGCAUCUGGGAGCGACUCAAACUCCACCGGAAAAGGCAUAAAGAUGACGAGUACAUGGCUGCGGGGCACGCCCUGCGUAAGAAAGUUCAGUUUGCAAAGGACGAGGACCUGCAUGAUAUUUUAGACUACUGGAAAGGCGUUUCAUCCCAACAAAAGUCAUAACUCAUCUAGGUGUUUUUAAACUGAGCCGCAGAAAUUACACAAGAACCUUGUAU